GCAACAGCAGCAACAGCAACAGCAACACGCUGGUGCUGUGUCUAUGCCUGUGUUGCCGCAGAAUGUUGGGAUGUACGCUAAGCAGCAGAUAAUGCAGCAGCAGAUGCUGAGUAAUAAGCGUCCUAUGAGUGCUUUGGAAACUGAGUUGGCGUCUGUUACGGUUCCCAUGAACUCAUCGAUUUUACAAACCCAUGCCCCAGUAAAUUUGUCUGCCUCGCCAAAACCACCAACAUUAACACCGCCACCACCAGCAGCAGUACCGCAGCAAACACUGGCCGGCAAUUUCCCGGCGGGGUUGUCAUCACCAAUUUCAGGACAAACGUAUUCGUUUAACCCAGUUGCCGGACGUCCUCCCGUCCCCACUACGAACCCGAAAUCAGCACCCAACACGCCUGGAAAGACCACUUUUGAUGCCAGCAAUCCCACGGCCGCGUCCCCGACAUCCAUGGCGUCCGCGCCGGUAUCGGCAGCAUACCUGGGCCCAGACCAUGCCGGUAGUGUGGCUGCGCUAGCUGCUGCUGUGAUUGCUGCUAGGAUGCAGCUGCCAGUGUCCGAUAAUGAGUCGUCGAGCGGACAGUCGAACCGCUGGUCAGAUGCAGACUCGGACCACUCGGAUGAUGCCAACCUGGAACUCAAUGACCCGCCUGCAGCUACAGCAGCUACAGCAGCAGCAACGACCAUGGACUCAACAAUAUCACCUGACACUUUGCAGCAAUAUCAGAAGCAAAGGAAACAAUUGCCACUGCCACCACCAGUUUCUUCUCUCCUAGACUCCUCCCCUGUGGACGACCCCGUGAAACGCCUCGUAGGCUACCAACUAGCUAUCUACGACCGGGUAUCUUCGGCAAUUAACAAAUCGCGCGAAAUCCAUACCCGCGUUAACCGCGAACUCCUCGACCAAUCCGCCAACCUAAACUCCGGCGCUGGCGUCAUCUCCGAGGAACGUAAACAACUGAUGGGAUCUCAAAAACAACUGACCGCGAAUAUUUCUGUUUUGGAGAGCAAGUUGGCUGAGUUGGGUGCGAAAAAGAGAGAGUUUCCGGAGGAUUCCAAAGUUGUGGAUGUCGCCGGGGUGUUUAGAGGCGUUGGCGUGAUGGAGCAGUUGUUUGAUUUGGCCGCGGAAAUUGCUGCUAUUGAUGAUACACUGUACUUGCUCGGAAAGGGUUUGAAUGAUGGAAGGGUAUCGCUGAGCGUGUAUAUGCGACAGGUACGCAAACUUGCCCAGCAGCAGUUCUUGGCAAAAGCCUUGGCAUUAAAGAUUCGAGGCUUAAGUAAUCUUAAUUAGAAUUAAUUAUAAAUGAAUAAAUGACAUU